UACAAGUUCACGUGAUCUCCUUUCUUUAAGGGUUUUUAAUUUUUGUUUUCUUUCUAUUUCACUCACUACAUAUAAUUUCUCUAUAUCUAUAUAUAUUUCCUACUUCAUUGCAGAUAGAUUUACACAUUAGCAAUGGAUUCCACUAAAAUCUCAGCUCUUCUUUUCAUUUGCAUGCUUUUCAUUUCCUCAGCUACUCCAGCUCUUGGUUGUCGUUCAUGUCGUAAAGCACAUCCCAAGGCUAAGCCUAUUAAAAAGCCCCAUCCUGUUAAACCCCCAAUCCAUGUAAAACCACCAGUUACAGUCCCUCCGGUCACUGUCCCACCAGUGACAGUCCCACCAGUGACAGUCCCUCCAAUAGUAAAACCACCAGUUACAGUCCCACCAGUGACUGUUCCUCCUGUGAAGCCACCAGUUGAACUCCCUCCGAUUGCAAAACCACCCAUUACAGUCCCACCAGUGACUGUUCCUCCUGUAAAGCCACCUGUUGAUCUCCCUCCAAUUGCUAAGCCACCCAUUACGGUUCCACCAGUGACAGUCCCUCCAGUGACUGUUCCUCCUGUAAAGCCACCUGUUGAUCUCCCUCCAAUUGCAAAGCCACCCAUUACAGUUCCACCAGUGACUGUUCCUCCUGUGAAGCCACCAGUUGAUCUCCCUCCGGUGACUGUUCCUCCUGUGAAGCCACCAGUUGAUCUCCCUCCGGUGACUGUUCCUCCUGUGAAGCCACCAGUUGAGCUCCCUCCAAUUGCAAAGCCACCCAUUACAGUCCCACCAGUGACUGUUCCUCCUGUGAAGCCACCAGUUGACCUCCCCCCAAUUGCAAAACCGCCCAUCACAGUCCCUCCAGUGACCCUCCCAGUCCCUCCAGUUACUGUCCCUCCAGUGACUGUUCCUCCUGUAAAGCCACCAGUUGACCUCCCUCCAAUUGCAAAACCACCCAUCACAGUCCCACCAGUGACUGUUCCUCCUGUGAAGCCACCAGUUGACCUCCCUCCAAUUGCGAAACCACCCAUCACAGUCCCUCCGGUGACAGUCCCAGUCCCUCCAGUUACUGUCCCUCCAGUGACUGUUCCUCCCGUAAAGCCACCAGUUGACCUCCCUCCAAUUGCAAAACCACCCAUCACAGUCCCACCAGUGACCGUCCCAGUCCCACCAGUGACUGUUCCUCCUGUGAAACCACCUAUCAACCUCCCCCCAGUAACAGUGCCACCAGUUACUAGCCCACCAAGUGGGAAACCCUGCCCACCUCCACCAUCAACCAAGGCCACUUGCCCCAUCGACACACUGAAGUUGGGUGCUUGUGUGGACCUACUAGGAGGGGCUGUCCACGUUGGUGUCGGUGACCCUGUCGUAAAUGCAUGCUGCCCGGUCCUUAAGGGACUCGUUGAACUCGAAGCUGCUGUGUGCUUAUGCACCACCCUCAAGCUCAAACUCCUCAAUCUCAAGAUUUAUGCACCCAUUGCUCUUCAGCUUCUCAUCAGUUGUGGGAAAACUCCCCCUCCCGGUUACACUUGCUCUCUCUAGACCUAAGUUGGUAGGUUCUUAUGACGAAAUAGGACAAAUGAGAGGGAGUCACCAUUUUAUCAAUUGAAUUGGAAAGCUAUGCUGGCUAGGCUCUUAUUUUUAAUACCAAUUCUUUUUUUUUUUAGUUAUUUUUAAAGAUUAUUGCAGGUGUGUUUUUUUAUUAUUAUUAUAAAAAACAGUGUUAUUUCGUAUCAGUUAACUCUUGAAUUAUUUGUAAUUUUAUAUUUAAAUGAAUGUUUUGAGUUGUUGCUAA